UGUUAUUCUUCUUCUCUCAUUCCAACCCGGUCAGCGCACUGAGUGGAUCGCGGUCAGGACCAGCACCCGUGACGACAAAGUAGUGGACACGUCCGACUUCGAAACCAGCGUAAAAUAUUUACUCAAAGGAGAAAUCUAUACGUGUCGAUUCUUAGUCACAAAAAAAGGACUACCUUUUUUCAUCUCCUUGGUUUGGAUUUUUUGGGGGGCCGCCAUAAGCUUUUAACUCCACCCGAACUGAGCCUCCCUCUCUCUUUCUGUUCGAACUCAAAAUGGAGAACGGAGACAACAAAUAUCUCCCUCAGCUGCUGGCGGAGAAGGACAGUCUGGACUCGUCUUUCACACACGCCAUGAAACUUUUAGAAGCGGAGAUUGACAGGAUCCAGAAGGGUGAGGCUAAGGAGCCAGAGACCUACCUGGAUCUUUUCACAAACAAGUUCAUAAAACUCAAGGAGCGGGUCCUCAUACCUGUGAAACAGUACCCCAAGUUCAAUUUCGUGGGCAAGAUCCUGGGACCCCAAGGCAACACCAUCAAGCGUCUGCAGGAGGAAACCGGGGCCAAGAUCUCCGUGUUGGGCAAGGGCUCCAUGAGAGACAAAGCUAAAGAGGAAGAACUGCGGAAUGGCGGCGAGCCAAAAUAUGCCCACCUGACCAUGGAGCUGCACGUGUUUGUCGAAGUGUACGCCCCGCUGCCCGAAGCCUACCUGCGUAUGGCCCACGCCAUGGAGGAAGUCAAGAAGUUCCUGUUUCCUGAUGUGACUGACGAUAUCUGCCAAGAGCAGUUUAUGGAGAUGGGCUACCUCAAUGGAGGCCAGGAGCUCGGGGCCAGAGGAAGAGGAGGCAUGCCAAUUCGGGGGCGCGGCGGGCCCCCAGGAGUGCACAGGGGAAGGGGGAUGCCCCCUCGUGGCGCCGCUCGGGGUGCAAGAGGAGCAGGAAGGGGCACCCCGGCAGCCCGCGGAGGGCCCGCUGCCGCCGCAGCUGCUGCCAGAGGCGCUGCGGCGCCCCGUGGUGCCAGGCUCUCUGCCACCGGACCACCCCAGAGAAUGCUGCCCCACCAGCACACUCCCGCCGCAGUCGCAGAGAGCUAUCAGGAAUAUGCCUACGAUGAAAGCUACCCCGACACCACCUACCAGUCAUAUGAGAAUUAUUACAGCCAGCCGCAGGCAGAGGCCGAAUAUUAUGACUACGGACACGGAGAGUCUGCGGAGUCAUAUGAAACCUUUGCCCAGGAUGACUGGAACGGCACCCAGCGAGCGGCUCCGGGCAAAGCCGCGUCCGCGGCCAGAGGAGGUGCCAAGACAGCCUACAGGCAGCACCCGUACCCACAGUACUGAAGCGGAGCCGCCCUCCCACUUACAGGGUUGCCCUGACGAGCGCCUGUCGACAGCGGCAGCACUCGCUUUAAGCAGCCCGACACAAGUAAUUGUCCGUUUUGGCUUUGGUUCCUUUUUGUUUUGUUUCUUUUGCUCUCAAUUGGACCUUAACAAAACUGGGGACGGAAAAUCAGAUGGCUGUUUUUGUUUGUUUGUUUGUUUGUUUUAAGAUUUGGCUACACACCACAUCCCCCCCAAUACGCAUACCAUGCGCAACCAAAGUGAUUUCUAGAGUUACUUCCUUUUUGGUUAAUUUCCUGUAUUAUUUCUCUGACCAUUCCCUCUCCCUCUGGCUUUUUGGCAUUGUUUUGUUUUCCCUUUUUUGCAAAAAAAAAAAAAAUGUUUUGUAAUAGUAACUUCCAGUUGAACUAAUGGCUCAUUCUCCACCUGUCUUAAAUGAUACGUUUUAAUUGUGGUUUUGUUUUUUUUUAUAUACAGAAUCUGUCAAGGUUCAGUUGCAGAUUCCCGUUUAGGCUACAUUUCAAAAUUCUGUUAACAUAGUUCACUAAAAAGAGACUGUAAUGUAGAAACAAAACGUAAUCUAAAACCAAGUCUCAGAUUAAAGGUAAUGGAAAGCAUUUCUUCCUUCCUUGUGAUGUUUUGUUGUAAAUAGUUCUAAAACGUUAAUUCAUUUAGACAAUAUUUGUUACUGUCCUUUAGAGUUUUGAAAUAUAGCCCUAAUAAAGACACUGUUGAGAUGGCCUGUCCUCAUAUCCUCUAUUUGACUUUCAUGUAAACC